AUGGGAAGCAAAGGAAAAGUUCGUGAGCUCCAGCAGCUGUUAGAUGUGUCGUAUGGUGAUGAAAUAGUUCUCUUUCCAACCAUCGUAUCCGGUCAGCAAGUUCUUCUAGUGAAACGCCAACGGUCUGUUCACUGUUUUCGUCUGAUCUCAGACGCAACUUCCAUCGAUCAGUGGGAGAAGCUGUGGUCUCAAGAGAACUUCUUCGAUGAAAAUGUACGUGACGUCUAUGGUUUCUUGUACGUGGAAAGUUCCGGCUGGAUGUUGAUGAAGAAUCGCGAUGGCUUGCAAAUUUAUCGGAUGGAAGGAAACGAGCUGAAUUUACGCCAUUAUUCUUCUGAUGGACGGUAUCGGAACCUCUACGGUUGGAAUGACGGGGACACGGUGUUCCUAAUGGGUCAGAUUUAUGCAGAGAGUGGUAAAAUCGGUGUUUUGAGCCGUAACAACAGAGGUACCAUUAAGUUGGAACAAAUGGUAGAAAGUGUCGUGCUAGACGGUGGAUCACAAACGCUUUGGGAGUUGUCCAAUGGCCCCACCCUUCCUGACAGUUGGAAGCUCAAAUCGACAUGGCUUGGAUUGGCGAUCGUCGAUGGAGGCACCAGUCAGCAGUCGGCUAUCAUCGAGCGAUCCUCGAAUGGAAUAAUGGUGUACAAGCUCGACGCAAGUUAUCAACUGCAAACGAUUGCGCACAUAGAGGAUGUACCUUUCACUGGUGCUGAUAACGAGCGUAUUUUAUUUGGCAGUGUUUUCGGAAAUGCAACGUUCAAGGAAUUGAUUCAUUUCAACGAGACUGGUUUGUACUUGUACAAACACGAAGGAUCUAAUUAUCGAUCGGUUUAUCAUGACUCGAGCUUCGGUACGAGCGCGUUCGGAUGGCAAGCAGAACAUUGGCGUACGGCGAACUUAGUUGAUACUACUGGUGAUGGACGUGAUGAGUUGUGGCUUACUGGGCCCCAAGGAAUUUUUGGUUUCCGUUUUACAGAGCAAGGUGUAGAGAAAAUCUCCAAUAUCCCUGUACACGAUGAGGACGUUCGUUACGCAAAGUUGAUAACUGUGAUCACGAAAAGAUCGAAUCCGAUUUUUAUUGCAGUUGGCGGACGAAAACUGUACUCCCUGGGAUUUCAACCGUCAAAAGAACCAACAACUAAUCCUGAUGUGGAUGGUACUGUUGAAGAUGAUACUUGCUCAGAUAUUGAGCCAUUGUUUACUCUCCACUCGAUUCCUGGCCCAAUCGUGGAGGCUUCACUGGCAGAAAUGCUCGACACAUCCUUGCUUCAGGAGCCAAUUGAUCCUAUGGAUGGGAGUUUGAACUUUGCUAUCCCGUUGCUGCAAGUGGGACAACUGUUCAACCUUCAGACGUCCAAGUUUAUCAUCUAUCAGGAGAGAGAUUUGGAUACUUCUAUGGGACGAGGUUGGUCCCUUCAGGUGGACUGUGUUUUCAUCGAUCGGGGAAACAGCAUCUUUGCCGAGGAUCAUCGUUACUAUCUUAUCAAGGAUGGAUCUUCUAAGCUCCUCACUGCCAGCCACAGCAAUGACUCUUCGGAAGAACAACCAAGAUCAUCGUUUACAAUAGAUGGGAAUAAUCACACAACUAUUACGUUCGAUCGUGCACUGAAUCGGUGGUCAAUCGUAGAUCAGGAUAAUGGAGAGACCUUAACCUAUGGAACCUAUGAAGACAAAAACUUUAUCAAAAUGGACAACGGUUCAGCUGAUUGGCCUUUUCCGAUCGACGGAAAGAAGUAUCGGAGCCGGCCCGGAACACUUUUGCCAUCCGUGUGGUACCUCAUCCGUCAUACCGAUCGUGCUGGCCAAUGGAUGGAAUACUCCUAUAAGAGUGAAUCUGUUACGGAAGAGUUCCUACUUGAAUCGAUCAUAACAAGCGCAGGUGCAUCACUACGGACAUCAUACACGGAGCAGUUUGGGAAAACUCUGUUCACUGGCUACACCAUCCGCACCGGAAGCUACACUCAAUCCGUGACGUUCGAGUACAUCCAAACUGCUGAUGCUGUGCGUUUGAGACGCAUCUCUCAGUUACACAAGACUGUUUUGCAGUUCAGCUACAACGGGCCAAGUGGUGAGAUGACGGAGAUUACAUACCCAAACGGCCUGGUGGCUCGGUUUGAUUAUACGUUACUUCAAAUCGAGCGAAAUCUGCUUAUGAAUCGUUUCGAAACCUUCUCUCACCCCCGAGCUGCGUAUGGUCCAGGAUAUAUGCUGGUCGCUGACAUUACCAAACACCGACAAGUACGUCUUCACCUCAGAGAUGUUCUUGGAUCAGAUACUAUUGCGAUUGCUGGAUCACCCAUUCCUCUGCUAGGCAAAUUGCCCGUCACCAACUAUGAAGUAUUUCCGGGAGAAACGUACUUUGCGGUGCUGCUUCACCACGAUCAGAGAGCACCGGAGCUGUGCCUAUUUCAAUCACAAGGCGACAUAUGGCAGGCCAAUCCUACCUACCUAAAACUGCCAAAGGAUACGUCAAUCCGAUCCGGCCAAGAUUUUCUACUAGGAGUACAAUCUAAACGGGUGACAGUAGUAGAACGGCAGAAUGGAAAGUGGAUAACACAGAAACCAUUCGAUAACGAGGAGUCUGCGCUCAUGCACUUCUUUUCCCAUGGUUUCUUAUCGUACACAGACCAACACCUGAAGCUGUACGUUCGACGAACUGGUCAAUGGACGCCAACGGUUCUGAAUCUCCCAUCGGGGUUGAUUACAGCAAGCACGACGGUGUUCGAUCGUUUCGAUCAUCCGCCGGAAUCGAUUGAUCACCUUAAGAAAGGCAUUCUUCCAGAUGCUCUGGGAAUGUUCCACAACAUCAUAGUAGUGCGAUCUUUCUAUAUCGAUGGAUCGAAGUUAUACGUGCGGCUUAACUUGAUGCACCUAAAUGGCAAUCAUGAAGUAACCCGACAGGAAGUGGUGCAAAUUCUAAUCGAAGAUCUCGAAACGUACACAUUCAACCCACCGGAGCAGGAUGGAAACACAUUCGUGUUCGGCUAUCGGAUUGAGAAUGGCAAAUUUAAACUCAAAGUGAUCGAACACCGAGGAAAAAUUAUGGACGAGGUCGAGAAAAUUAAAGAACAAAUCGAAAAAGAUAUUCGCGACGAACCCAACGCGCCUGAGGAGGAGAAGGAACGCUAUCGCCGGGAAUCGCUCGAGAAGUUGAACAAUGAGCUGCAGGAUUUGUAUCGUAAUAUCACCGCGCAAAUCCCGUUCGCAAUCGAUCCAUCAAAGCUCAGCAUGAUAAUCAGCGACUCCUACAUCAUUACCGCCAGCCACAAGGUGCUUUUUGACGGUGUAGAAUGGACGAAGGAAAAGAUACCACAGGAGGAAUUGACAAUGGACAAAGUUUCAAUCGACCUCGGAACGAAGUAUCGUCUGGUUAAAACGCACCGAAAUGCGACAUUCGAUUUGUUGGGCCCAAAUGAAUACGUUGAGCUUAACACCGAUACACGUGAUGCGAACGAUCUGUACAUCCGAUAUCCAGGCUUUUUUGCCGUGCAAACGAACGACUCAUCAGUGCAGGUGUUUGAUUUCGAGCGAGGUCAAUUGAAUAGUCUUCCGGCUGGAGAGAAAUUGGAAGCUUGCAGUAACCAGCUUGCGGUCAUUAGCACGCAAACAGACGGGAAGGCGUUGUUUAUUCGCUCAAUAAAAUCCUUCGGUGUUACACUGCAAAACGUCAUCGGAAGGUACGAUCUGAUCGACCGUCGGGGUCGGCAGCUGACUAAUUACUAUCAGUUUGAUUCCCAAUCUGCCAAGCCGCAUGGGACGGGAUUCAUUCUCGGGGAUGUCAAAAUCACUCCAGUCAGCACAAUUGGGCCAUACGGCUGGUACAAGGAGCAUUACAAUUUUGCCAACCAUACUUUGAGCACCAAAACCGUGUACAACUCUAAAGGGGAGUUUGUUCAAGAGAUCAACAAGACGAAUGGGGAACAGAACGAUUCACUUAGUGCAGAUGGUGUUUUAACCGCGCGUGAUGGAAAGACUAUCGUGGCUGACUUUCGCCCAUUUCAAAUCUCCAACGAAGUGGUGUCCUACUUCGGCUUCGAACCAUACGAACAAAACCGUAUCGGAACCGAUCGUGUAUGGACAUGGAAGAACGGACAGGUGCUGCAGGAAGGACGUAACCAUUUCCUACGUCUCGGACGCUCCUCGUCCGCAAGUGGAUCGUUCCAACCAAAAAACUUCACUGGAACGCUGGUGGUUUCCUGUUGGUUGCGGACAGCUAGUAGAUCGAUAGACAUCAGCAAUACUCUCUCGGUUACUUACGGUGGUAAAACGAUAAAGGGAACAGUUGGAUCAUCGAUAGAAGGUUGGAAGUAUGUGGAGGUACUAGUAGAAGGCAAUGAAGCAUUUGUUGUGAGCAUUUCGCCAGGCAACACUGGUGCAUCAUUAGAUGUUGAUCAUUUGAGAGUUACUCCGAUUGAACUGGAAUCGGAAAUCUACAUCUACGACUUCACGACGGCCCGAAAACGAUCGACGUUGCACGGAUCAGGUUUAUUGUCGCAUUAUCUAUACGAUGAACAUGGGAACGAAAUGGGACAUAUCAACGAGCAAGGAUCAAUCGAUAGCUUUACAAUCAUGUCUCGUUCUCACAACACCCGCAUUGAAAUGAAACCAGCAUUGGGUGAGGUGUUAAAAGCCACUCAAUCGAGCAACUAUUCCGGACCAUUCAAAUACAUUCCCCAAACGGCUGUCGUAAGAUUCCGGUACGGAGGAAAUAAGUCUGAUAUAAUCAAUGCAACAAUAGGCUCAAGAACGUUCUCUAUAGAGGUCGCAGGACACGAAGCUACUCUGCGCAUAGAGCAUCACUCUGCCAAGAUUCCUCCGGUCGGUGACAUGGUUAUUUUCAGCACCAAUAAUCGUUAUAGCAUUUGGAUCGAUGGUCUUCUUAAACUAGAAACUCUGGCUCCCGAAGCACGCCUCGAUAAAUAUGUAAUCAGUAGCACGCAUGGUCAGGUUUGGGAUGCAGUUCUUUUAUAUGACACUACCGUGAAUGUUAUCUACCUCUCGGACUUUGGGAUGCCGAAACAAAUCUUGGAACUACACGAUCCAAAUGUCGUAGCGCUGCAAGAAAUCGUCUAUGACGACCUCAACCGCCCUGCCAUCAAAACGAAAUGGACGAUCCUUAACAGUGCCAAUACAUCGGAACUGUUCGCCUAUCGUAGCAACUUCAUCAAAAACGAGACUCGUGUUUGGACCAAUGGCCUGAUGGAAGGAUCUGUCUCGGAACUCAAUGCAGAUUGUGCCGGUUAUCCCUACAGUAGGACGUUGUAUCGCGAUAAUCCUCUCGAAGAAAAAGCGGUUCAAUCUCUGCCUGGAAAAGCUUUCGCCAUCGAUGGUGCCUUUGCGAAGCAUUACGAAACUAAUUCGAGUAUAGACUUCCUGGAAAACCUCUUCCCACAGCGUGCUGGCUUUCGGUUUGAAUACGAACAAUAUCCGGAUCAGUCGAUGUAUGUCAAGAUUUACGAUAAUCUGAAACGGAAGGUAGCCGAAUACGUCCGCUCCAAUGGUGGCGAUCACCACCUGACCACCUUCCAAUACGACAAUUACGAUCGAUUAAUCCUGCAAUUGCCACCAGCUUAUCACGAGACGGCAGAUACCUUCUCUCGCACGACUCCGUUUUUCGACGGACAGUUCUCUUCCGAGCUGACCGAUCUGCAGCAGUCAUGGGGAACAAGAUACGAGUAUGAUCAGAAGAGUGGACUGAUGACUCUCAAGCGAACGCCGGACAUGGGUGAUGUUCGGUAUAUGUACACCCCAGAGGGUUUGUUGCGUUUUGUAGUGCAACCGGAAAACCGCAACGUCAUGUUCUUCUCUUACACGUCCGUAGGAAAGCUAGCUCAAAGAGGAAUGGUCGACGUGGAUCCGGCUGAACUGACAAAAUAUCUAUCAAACGAUGCACAGUUGCCACCAUCGACAAACUAUGUUCUGUUUAACCGAGCAGACACCGAAGUCGUCCCACAACAUCGUCACAGGGUAGAAAACAUACAAAAGGUUUCGAACGAUCGCGUGAUGUCAGAGUUAUUGUUUUUUGAUCAUGAGAAACAACUGAUCUCCAGCAUCCUGUACUCGAACGCGAACAGCACACUUCCAAUCGGAUACAAGUACUGUAAGAGUCAAAUCCAAGAGAUAAAGUAUCCGAUCGCAGUGAAGGGAAAGAUCUUCCGUCUCCGGUACGAAUACGACCAUAGAGGAAAGGUGAUCAGCUUGGCGAAUGCUGCCUCAAACGAGAAGUUUGUAGUGAUGGAAAACAACAGCAUGGGUCUGCCAAAGUAUAUGAUCAUUCAACCUAACACUUCACACGCUUUCCGGCGCACGUUUCAGUACAACCAGCCGGGAUAUUUGACCAGCAUCCAGGAUCCCUAUCUUACUGAAUCGAUCGACUACGUCGGCAAAGGAUACGGUGGACGGGCAGUUGGAGAUGGUACGGUACAAAUGACUCGUUUCAAUGCCACUUGGCAUCAGCAUAGUAACACCCAGUUCCUCAAGCUAAAACCGUCCCAUUUUGGCGACCAACGUCGAGCUAAGCGUUGCUACGAUGCUCUGAAAUCGGCAAGAUAUUUGGAUGCGCAGGGUCGACCUGUGAAGAGCAUGUAUCCCCUACUCGCACUAGACCUGCCCAUCGUUUGUAGGUUGGGCACAACUGGACAUCACAUAGCAUCGGUUUUGAAUGGCGUAGGAUUCCCACAGCUUUACGGUCAUAAGUACAACUACGGAAGCCAUCGGCAGCUGGUCCGUGCAAAGUAUUUUCAAAAUGUAGCUGAAGAGCUGUACGAGCCUUUGCGAAAAAAUGCGUUUGAAACAAUCAACGGUAUCAAUGCGGCAAGAUCGGCAAACAUUUGGAACAUUCUCCAUGAAGCAGGCUACAUCCACAGUGACUGCACUUCGAUUGGUCGAGUCAACUGUCAAGGUUUACCCGGCAAGUCUAUCUUCCAUCCAACUAUAGCCAAGCAUCCCAACUCGGUAACGUUGGGUGGUUUGAUGGCGCGUGUUAUUGCCGGUCGUAAAGGCCUUUCAAAAAAUAUGUUCGACACACUCUGCGCCGGCUGGUAUCGAGAAGAUCUACCCAACGUGAUUCUUGAAGCAUGCAGCUCUAUUUGGAAAACUCUGAUCGACGAAAAAUUCAUAGGCCCCGACUCCAACAACAGCCUGCAAGCGUUAAGCCCCGAGCUUCGUGAAUUGCUGAGUGCAUACACUCCACAUCUACCAGAGAUUAUCGGGACGCUUUACCGCCGCCUUGCCACUUCUCUAGGACAGAGCUCCGGUGAUGUGCAAUCGUAUGAGAUUGAUGCCAAUGGCAAUCAUCGACACUUCUACACGGGCUUCAGACGGUACCGGUUGGAGUAUGUGAAAAAUUCGAAUAAGAUUGCCGCCGUCCAUAGACUAAACCUUGCUGAUCCCGUGUCUGGUCUGGAAGAAACACGUUUUCCUGUAGACCAUAACCAUGAAGGUAGUGUGACUCGAGCCAUGCACAAAGGCAUACAGCGUAUCACCUACGACCCACUAUACAACCGGGCGACGGAAGUGCUACUCACCGACGGACGGAGUCUUAAGUUCGACUACAACGUCCGUGGCCAACGUCUCUACAAGCACGUAUAUGCUCGAAACGGCAAGCUCUUGCGUAAGAAAUACUACGUCCGAGACGUGCAAGGUAAACCACUGAUUGAGUACGAAGCCAUUUACCAAGGCACCAACACCGAUCAGCCGCUGGUUCGAGCAACGAUCUUUCUCUAUGCAGAAGACCGACUCAUUGGGUUCAUUCGCAACGAUCAGUUCUACAGUGUGACGCUCGACCACGAAGAAUCCGUGCGGUUAGUCAUAAAAAAUGGAGAGAUUGUUGCAGCUUACGAUUAUCUACCGUAUGGCGAGCUUCUCCGCAAGUACGGCGAGGAUCCAAAUGGACAACUGGACUAUCGCUUCACAGGAAAGGAAUGGGACGAGGAAACUGGACUGUAUGACUUCCACACGCGCUUGUACGAUCCCGAACUGGGUCGAUUCUACCAGAUGGAUCCCAAAGAACAGUACGCGAGUCCGUACAUGUAUGCCGGAAACUCACCCGUUUCAUUGAUCGAUCCAGAUGGUCAAUUUGCUUUUUUGAUCGCGGUGGUAGUGCUGGCUGGAGUGGGCGCCUACGCUGGUGCAGCGUCAGCCAAUGGCACAUGGAAUCCAACUAAAUGGAAUCUAAAAAAGGCUCUCAUCGGUGGUCUUAUUGGAGGAUUGAUCGGAGGGUUGGCGCCAACUGGAAUCGCAGGCGGAUUCGCCUUCCUGUCCGGCUACAUUGGGGCAACGGCUGCGGUCGGCGUAAUGGCGGCGACUUCUAUCGGUUUUGCAUACUUGAGCAUGGCUUCUGCCAAUGGAAACUGGGAUCCGAGCAAGUGGGAUUGGUCUUCGCCGGGCACCUGGAAUGCACUGUUUACUGGUAGUCUUACCGGGGCUACACUGUUCAAUGCUAUCGGCGGUAUCCAAAAAGCCUACUUGGCCUACACAGGCAUUUCACGCACCGCGUUCGUUAUUGUAGCCACCGGCACCACGGGUGGCUUCUUCCUGUAUUCUGGUAGCAAGGCCAAUGAUGGAAAUAUGCUGUUCUGGCAAUGGGACUGGAGCAAGCCGGGCACAGUAUGGGGCGCCAUAGAGGGUGCCAGUUUUGGGUUGACUGUAUCACCGAAGCUCACCUUGGCCACGAAGCAGGUCGCAGGACGAUUACAAAAUUUCAAAGAAAUUGGAAAAGCCCUAAAAACUGGUAAUCUUAAAGUUGUAAAGGAAGUACUUCAGGCAGAGGCAAAGGCAUGGAGACAGAUUGUUAAGGAUGUCAUCAAUGGAGAACAUGUGAAGGAGGGUUUAGAGGCGGGCAAAGCUGCAGGUGCGAAGAGUGGGACAAGUUUGUUGCCAAAAAUACCAGAUAAAGCAUUGGAAGUAAUCGAAGACAUUCUUACCAUUUCUAACAUUGUUGACGGUUUGAAAAAGAAAAAACCACGUAGCAUCGAGUACAGCAAAUCAAUGUUCCCGAUGAGCCUGAUAAAUGGCUCACACUUUCAACUAGUUUUAACAAACGAAGAAAACAAUGAACUAGAUGGAAUGGUUUUACUCGCGUCGAGCUCAAACAGAAUUUCCCACUGGAUUAACAACAUACUGGAGAGUAUUUUUAUCAAGUCGGAAAGGGACUAUAGCACAAACCAUGAACCUAAAAGCAACAAUGUUCAACCUUACUUGAACUAUAAGAAGAGUUUCAAGCGAACCUAUGAAGUUCCCAAUUGUUUCUUCCGGUCGUCGGAUGGCACCUUCGAUAGAAUUGUGUGCUAUGAAGAAUAUGGAUUUUCUUACGUGUUCCCACAUGAAGCAAACGGUGCGAAUUCAUUUACGGAAGACUCAUAUUCGCGAUGCCACCCGAUCGAAUACGACGGGUCUCCUUCAGUGGUCUGCUCGGGCACAACCAGUUCGUACGUGUUCACGCCACAUGCGAAACCUAUUAACUACCUCGAUCAAUUAAAUGGAGCCCUCAUGCUGAUGUUGGUUGCCCCAGCUGUUACGAAGACCAUCGCGUCGUUCUUUGGAAAGCUACUAACAGGCAAAACGAUGAACCAAGUAUCACUCCAAAAUGUUUCAGCUCAGGAAAGGUAUCGGCUGAAUAAAAACCUAGCCCAACUGUGCUUUUCCGUUACGCAAAGUGAUAUGAGAUCUACCAUCAGUUCUGCAGACCGUAAGUGGAUCAAGAUUGUACUGGAGGAUAUUGAAGAAGAUGUACGAGCAUUCCGAGCAAACAACGAAGCAUCUCGAGAGACGUACGACACCUUGCUGGAUCGCAUCGAUGCGCUGUAUGAAGAACUGAUAGAAAUGAAUGAUACUGCUGAUAUGCUACAAUCAGACCAUAUUUUACACCCAACAAACGUUGCUUUGGACGCUAAGCAUUUAGAUAUUCCUAGAACGGAUUCUAUAACAUCGAAAAUAUCUUUACAACCCAUAUUCAAUCACAUUUCACAUGAGAAGGUGUUGCGGAAUCAUUUGAAUUAA